UUUUUUUUUUCUCUCUCUUAGUAUACUUAGGUACUAAAUAGACGGUAAAACACGGUGGACGGAACGUCAGAAUCCAACGCCCGGACCUCCAAAAUUUACCAAGCAACUCCAAAAACACCCGCGGGUCUCAACUAAUCCCAAAUCCUUUACAGACCAUACAUGCAAAAUCUCAUCUUCUACUCAACCCCAACUUACUCCCCUCCUCCUCCCUCUCCCAAUUGAGAUUUACUCUCCCUUUUUUGCUUUUCUAGUUGUAGAGAGGCAGACUAGAUAUCUAUUUCGGUUAGAUAAGUUUAUACACAUUAUGUUGGCCAGUCGUUUAAUACCGCGGACUACUGUCCGAUCUGCUUUCCGCUCUUCUUCCUCUCUCCCUUCAGUCCUGACUCCCGUCUCACGAUGGAGGAGAGGAUAUGCUACUGAAUCAGGAGAAGGAUCUUGUCAUCAUUGGCGGUGGAGUUGCCGGAUAUGUUGCUGCUAUCAAGGCUGGUCAGGAAGGCCUGAAGGUCACCUGUAUCGAAAAGCGCGGCGCACUCGGCGGCACAUGUCUCAACGUCGGCUGUAUCCCUUCGAAAUCCCUUCUCAACAACUCCCAUCUAUACCACCAGAUCCUUCACGACAGCAAACCUCGAGGUAUCGAAGUCGGCGAUGUCAAACUCAACUUACAAGCCAUGAUGAAGGCCAAAGACACUUCCGUUACCGGUCUAACCAAGGGUGUCGAGUACCUCUUCAGGAAGAACGGCGUCGAGUACAUCAAGGGCACCGGUUCCUUCGUUAACGAACAUGAAGUCAAGGUCCAGCUUAACGAGGGCGGCGAGACGAGCGUAAUCGGCAAGAACAUCCUCAUUGCUACCGGUAGCGAAUCGACACCGUUCCCCGGCCUUGAAUUCGACGAGAAGCGCGUUGUCACCAGUACCGGUGCCCUAUCCCUCGAGAAGAUUCCCGAGAAGAUGAUUGUUAUUGGUGGUGGUAUCAUUGGUCUUGAGAUGGGCUCCGUCUGGUCGAGGCUGGGUGCUAAGGUCACCGUCGUAGAGUUCCUAGACCAGAUUGGCGGCCCCGGUAUGGAUGCUCAGAUUGCCAAGGAGGCGCAAAAGGUCUUGAAGAAGCAGGGCAUAGAAUUCAAGCUCGGCACCAAGGUUGUCAGCGGUGAUCCUAGUGGCGAGAAAGUGAAGCUUGAGGUGGACUCUGCCAAGGGUGGCAAGCCCGAAUCUCUCGAGGCGGAUGUUGUCCUAGUCGCCAUUGGCCGCCGACCUUAUACCGCUGGCCUCGGUCUCGAGAAUAUUGGUCUAGAGGUCGACGAGCGUGGCCGCGUCGUUAUCGACUCGGAAUACCGUACCAAGGCCUCACACAUCCGCUGCAUUGGUGACGUCACAUUCGGACCUAUGCUUGCGCACAAGGCUGAAGAAGAAGCCGUCGCCGCCGUCGAGUAUAUCAAGAAGGGCUACGGCCACGUAAAUUACGGCGUCAUCCCGUCCGUCAUGUACACCUACCCUGAAGUCGCUUGGGUUGGCCAGAACGAGCAGGAGCUAAAGAAGGAAAACAUCCCUUACAAGAUCGGAACAUUCCCCUUCAGCGCCAACUCGCGUGCCAAGACCAACUUGGACACGGAAGGUCUCGUCAAGAUGAUUGCGGACCCCGAGACGGACAGGUUGCUGGGUUGCCACAUUAUCGGCCCCAACGCUGGCGAGAUGAUCGCCGAGGCCACCCUCGCGCUAGAGUACGGUGCAUCGACGGAGGACAUUGCGCGCACAUGUCACGCCCACCCGACGUUAGCAGAGGCGUUCAAGGAGGCGGCUAUGGCGACAUACUCGAAAGCUAUCCACUUCUAAGUUGUGUAAAUAUAAAGAGCGGGUAGACGGGAAAAAAAAUCAUCAGGGAGGCUAGCAUCGGUGUAAUGGUGUACAUUAAUACAUUAUGUGGGCAAAGUAAACCAUAUGUCUCGUGAAGAGUUUCUAUCAACAUCGAAGCUAGUAGGGACCCCUUGGGACGAUAUGUAGUGUACUUAUGCCAUGAUGCCUUUCCUUUGUUAAUGGCGAUUUUUAUUCAUGCUUAGGCUUGAGGGUAUCUCACAUUUGUAUUGGUUGUCAUGCAUGUUGAUUAUCCCUUCAGACCAGUAUCUAGAAAGAAAGUAUAGACCUAUAGAGCUCCCCAUACAUAUUUAAAUGCGCGAUGUACGUAUAAUGGUA